AUGUCGGCAUCCUUUUCAAUAAACGAUUUAAACCCUCGUCGCGUGUUUGAAUCAUUGUGCCAGAAAUGCCAAGCGUUCUCUUCCGCAUUCAACAGAGGUUAUACCUCAUCAAAAGACCCUCACCCCUUUGACCACCAUGAAAAUUUUCUAUCGCUACAAGCUUCUGCUGAUGCGGGAUGUCCACUCUGCCAGUUGAUGUGGCAGUACGUCGUUUGGGACUGCCAACUGAGCGAACCGUUUCAGAACCUACUCAUGACAGAAUGGCGGUAUGAGGGAUCCAGCAUAAAAGUCAGAUUAACAACUACCUGCCCUUCUUCCAACAUAUUCCCUGCUUAUGAAACCCCUCCUGAACUACUUGCUCUUGGCAUUGAAGUUCCCCCGCCUUCCUAUCGCGACGUAGGCAUUCCCACCAUCGAAUUGGUUCAAGAAUAUCUUCAGGAGAUGAAAACAAUCUCAAUCAAGGAAUCAAUGCCUGGUCCUGAGAAUGAGGACUUGAAGGAGCUUAUUCGGGCGGAAGUUUGGCCAUGGAUCCGGAAUUGCCAGUCUCAACAUCCACAGUGCGCGGCAUCAGUGGCAGCCGUGGUCCCUACAAGGCUCAUCGAUGUUGGCCUGGACGGUGACGAAAUGGUAAAGCUGAUCCAAACAGACCAGAAAGCUCUUGAGUACAUCGCUUUGAGUUACUGCUGGGGAAAGGGAACAGCGAACAGCAAAGCAAGAACGACGUCGAAGAACCUACAAUCUCGCCUGAGCGGAAUCUGGAUCAAAGAUCUCCCAGCCUCCAUUCAAGAUGCCAUUACCAUCACCAGACUGAUGGGAGUCAAGUACAUUUGGAUCGAUGCUAUCUGCAUUGUUCAAUCAGAUGGACCGAACGACCUGGGGGACUGGGCGACUGAAGCGGGAAGGAUGGGCGAUUACUACUCUGGUUCUCUAUGUUGCAUUGCUGCUUCUUGUGCCAACAGUAGCACUGAAGGCUUUCUGAGACCGAGACCACUCGGCCGGUUCAAGAUCAAACCAAUUCCAGUACCAUUCAAGGACGAGAAUGGCCAGCAGAGGUAUGUGUGGGCUCAGCUCCGGCCUACCUUGGAUAGCGCUCGCUGGACCUACCGAGUCAGACACCCCCUGAUGGAGCGCGGAUGGUGCCUCCAGGAGAGGGUGCUAUCGCGUCGAGUGUUGCACUGGACUUUGAGUGGUUUGUUCAAGGAGUGUCGAAUGACGCACCCUCUUAUUGAGAGUGACCAACCAAGGGAGAUGGAAAAGGAACUCGUUAGGCACCAUAUUCUAUCACUGAGUAAGAGGGAGGCUCUCGGAGAAGCAUGGUGCGAACUGGUUCGCGACUACUCGAAUAUGAAGCUGUCCUUUGCGUCAGAUAGGAUGGUGGCCAUCUCGGGAGUUGCAACUUUGCUUUCCCGGAAGCAUCACGACGACUACUUUUACGGCGCAUUCAGAUCAAGCUUGGCAGAAUGUCUUCUCUGGUGGUCAAGUGAAGACUCAAACACCGAGUAUCCGGGCUGGUCUUGGUUCUCAGUCAUGAAGAAUAUCGAUUUCCCAACAUUGUCGAUGGCCAACACUCGGAUGGAGCAAGAUACCAGGCAAUCACUGAUUCGCCAGGUUCUUCCAAACCCUUUCCCAAAGAGCCAUGGCCUGACAAGCCCCGGAAGCCGUUUGGAACAGACACUGGAGAUUGAAGCGCCCCUGAUUGAACUCGAACUGGCUGAAAAGAUGGUACCUUACCACUUACAAGUGAAAAUUCCGGGUACAAGCCGGCUAUUUGCAGGAUGGGAUUGUUUGUACCAGGGAAAGCCCGUGGAAGGAAAAGCUCGUGGGAGUGGUGGUGCUGUUGACGUGGUGCUCUUGCUGGGAGGCAGAGAGUACAACGGGCUUGUCUUGUCCAAGAAGAGAGACCAAGAAUGGGAAAGGGCUGGUAUAAUUACUUUAAGGUCAGAGGAUGAGACUGCAGUGCAAUGUGUGGAUGGGUUCAUCAGGAAGGUUGUUCUAGUGUAG